GGAUAUGAGUCUACCGCUUACAAGAAAAGAUCUCAUGAUAGUCAAUAUGGGCCCUCAACACCCAUCAAUGCAUGGUGUUCUUCGACUGAUCGUUACUCUCGAUGGUGAGGAUGUUAUUGAUUGUGAACCCAUAUUAGGGUAUUUACACAGAGGAAUGGAAAAAAUCGCGGAAAACCGAACUAUUAUACAAUACUUACCUUAUGUAACAAGGUGGGAUUAUUUAGCUACUAUGUUUACAGAAGCAAUAACAGUAAAUGCACCAGAAUUCUUGGAGAAUAUUCAAAUACCACAAAGAGCCAGCUAUAUUAGGGUAAUUAUGUUAGAAUUAAGCCGGAUAGCUUCUCACUUGCUAUGGCUUGGACCUUUUAUGGCGGAUCUCGGCGCACAGACUCCUUUUUUCUAUAUUUUUAGAGAGAGAGAAUUAAUAUAUGAUCUAUUUGAAGCUGCUACAGGUAUGCGAAUGAUGCACAAUUACUUUCGCAUCGGAGGAGUAGCCGCCGAUCUACCUUAUGGAUGGAUCGAUAAAUGUUUAGAUUUCUGUGAUUAUUUUUUACGCGGAGUUGUUGAAUAUCAACAACUUAUUACACAGAAUCCAAUUUUUUUAGAGCGAGUUGAAGGAGUAGGUUUUAUUAGCGGAGAAGAAGCAGUAAAUUGGGGCUUAUCGGGACCGAUGUUACGAGCUUCUGGAAUACAAUGGGAUCUUCGUAAAGUAGAUCCUUAUGAGUCUUACAACCAAUUUGAUUGGAAAGUCCAAUGGCAAAAAGAAGGGGAUUCGUUAGCUCGCUAUUUAGUACGAAUUGGUGAAAUGAGGGAAUCCAUCAAAAUAAUUCAACAAGCUGUAGAAAAAAUUCCUGGAGGACCUUAUGAAAAUUUAGAAGUCCGACGCUUUAAGAAAGAAAAUAAUUCUGAAUGGAAUGAUUUUGAGUAUAAAUUUCUUGGUAAAAAACCUUCGCCCAAUUUUGAAUUGUCAAGACAAGAGCUUUAUGUAAGAGUAGAAGCCCCAAAAGGUGAAUUAGGGAUUUAUCUAGUAGGAGAUGAUAGCCUUUUCCCCUGGAGAUGGAAAAUCCGUCCACCCGGGUUUAUUAAUUUGCAAAUUCUUCCUCAGCUAGUUAAAAAAAUGAAAUUGGCUGAUAUCAUGACGAUAUUAGGUAGUAUAGAUAUCAUUAUGGGGGAAGUUGAUCGUUGAAAUGAUAAUAGAUAGGGUAGAGGUAGAAACUAUCAAUUCUUUUUCGAAAUUGGAAUUAUUAAAAGAAGUCUAUGGACUGAUAUCGAUUCUACCCAUUUUGACCCUCCUUUUGGGAAUAACAAUAGAGGUACUCGUAAUUGUGUGGUUAGAAAGAGAAAUAUCUGCGUCGAUACAACAACGUAUUGGUCCUGAAUAUGCUGGCCCCCUGGGCCUGCUUCAAGCUAUAGCAGAUGGGACUAAGCUACUUUUUAAAGAAGAUAUUCUGCCAUCCCGAGGAGAUAUUUCUUUAUUUAGCAUUGGACCCUCUAUAGCAGUCAUAUCAGUUUUAUUAAGUUUUUUAGUUAUCCCUUUGGGAUAUCAUUUUGUUUUAGCCGAUCUUAGUAUUGGUGUUUUUUUAUGGAUUGCCAUUUCAAGUAUAGCUCCUAUUGGUCUUCUUAUGGCAGGAUAUAGCUCAAAUAAUAAAUAUUCUUUUUCAGGCGGUCUACGAGCUGCUGCUCAAUCCAUUAGUUAUGAAAUACCAUUAACUUUUUGUGUGCUAGCAAUAUCUCUACGUGUGAUUCGUUAAAAUAGAUCUUUUUCCUAUAAAAUCCAUUAACUAUUUAUAUUCCUUUUCUUAUUUAGUAUUUGGGUUGGUAAGUUAAACUAGAUAGCUAUAUGAGUGAAACAAAACAGCUUAUAAAUUUGUAGUAAAAAGAAAAAAUCUCAUUUCCUACGUACAAGAAAAAAGUGGAAGUAAACAUAAGCAGUGUAAACUCUUUAUCCCAAGGUUGAUAUUUUUUAAUUAGUCAUCAUAUCUUGAAGCGGCCAAGAAUAAAGGAUUCACGAUAUGGAAUUCCAUUACUAGAAUACUCCUAGUUAUUACUAUAACUUAAUAAUCCAUAAGAAGAAUCCACCAAAAGUUAGUGAAGGGUUAGGAACACUAAAGUACAUAAAGGAUUAGUAAUGGAAAAUCUAAAACAUUAGAGAUUUUUGCCCAUAAAAGGAAUCAUAAUAAGGACUUGCAAUUUGUAGAAAUUAUCAAGUAGUACUUUCUUCGGAUUCCGAUCCAGAGUAUGUUCCCAUUCACUUGUUAAGGAAAUGGCUAUCAAGAACGAAUUAACCCUUUAUCCAUUUUUUCUUUUUAAAUACCCCCUCCCUGGGGAAAGAAGAAUAGUAAAAAAGAUAUGGAGUGCACUAGAAAAAAUUUUCAUUAUUUCCUUCCUCUAUCCAUAUUCAUGCAGAAUUGCUCAUGAACUAAUACCCAACUCUUUCCAUUUAUUAAUUGAAUUCCUAUAACAAGUAACAAGUGUUUUAUUCCAAGAUUAAGUUAUUACUGAACAAAGAAAAAUUUUCAUUAUAUUAUAAAGGAUGAGAUCAAUUCGGAAGCGCUUUUUCUUAUUCUAGCAGACGGAAUUCCUUUGGUCUAAUUUAGGACUUUCAAAUCUAUUUUAUUUUAUCUAAUUCUAUCUACGCCCCCGGGGCUAGGAACAAAACAGUCCUUUCCUUUUUCUGAUCAUAGAGAAGCCGUAUGAAGCUAAGGUUUCAUGUACGGUUUUGAAAUAGCGGUGGGAACUGUGAUGUUAUCACCGACUAUGAUUAUCUAACAGUUCAAGUACAGUUGAUAUAGUUGAAGCACAGUCAAAAUACGGUUUUUUUGGAUGGAAUAUUUGGCGUCAGCCUAUAGGUUUUCUGGUUUUUUUAAUUUCUUCUUUGGCAGAAUGUGAAAGAUUACCCUUUGAUUUACCAGAAGCGGAGGAAGAAUUAGUAGCAGGUUACCAAACUGAAUAUUCCGGUAUCAAAUAUGGUUUAUUUUAUCUUGUUUCUUACCUAAAUUUAUUAGUUUCUUCUUUAUUUGUAACAGUUCUCUACUUGGGCGGGUGGAAUUUAUCUAUUCCCUAUAUAUCCUUUUUUGAUUUUUUCCAAAUGAAUAAAGCAGUUGGAAUUUUGGAAAUGACAAUGGGUAUAUUUAUUACAUUAACUAAAGCUUAUUUAUUUCUCUUCAUUUCUAUCACAAUAAGAUGGACUUUACCGAGGAUGAGAAUGGAUCAGUUAUUAAAUCUUGGAUGGAAAUUUCUUUUACCUAUUUCCCUGGGCAAUCUCUUAUUAACAACCUCUUCUCAACUUGUUUCACUAUAAAUAAGAUAAUACAAUAAUAGUAAGAAUAUUUUCAACACAAAAGCUCUCUCAAACAAGAGAAAGAAACAUAUCUUUUUCAUAGAUAUUUAGAAUGAAUAUGUUCCCUAUGGUAACUGGGUUCAUGAGUUAUGGUCAACAAACAAUACGUGCUACAAGGUACAUAGGUCAAAGUUUCAUAACUACCUUAUCCACACAAAUCGUUUACCUAUAACGAUUCACUACCCUUAUGAAAAAUCAAUUACACCAGAGCGUUUCCGAGGGCGAAUCCACUUUGAAUUUGAUAAAUGUAUUGCUUGUGAAGUAUGUGUUCGCGUAUGUCCGAUAGAUUUACCCGUUGUGGAUUGGAGAUUUGAAAAGGAUAUUAAAAGAAAACAAUUGCUUAAUUAUAGUAUUGAUUUCGGAGUUUGUAUAUUUUGUGGCAAUUGUGUUGAGUACUGUCCAACAAGCUGUUUAUCAAUGACUGAAGAAUAUGAACUUUCUACCUAUGAUCGUCAUGAAUUGAAUUACAAUCAAAUUGCUUUAAGUCGGUUACCAAUCUCCAUAAUGGGAGAUUACACAAUUCAAACAAUUAGGAAUUCGUCUGAAAGUAAAAUAAACAAAGAAAAAUCUUCGAAUUCAAGAACGAUUACUGAUUACUAAACUUUGAUUUUGUCUUUCUGUUAUAAAAAUCUAAUAAUUCUUUAUUAAACUUUAAAAUUAAACUAUAAAGAAAAACGAAAAACUACUGCUUAUUGGAAAUUAUUUCUUAUUUUAAAUCAGACUAGAUUUUCGUGAUAUAAUAUAAUUUAUAACUAUAAGUUUAUACACAAAAAAAUACCCUAAUCCUUUUUUCCUUCCUUGAAUCCUUUAGUUUUAGUCAGUUCAUGAAAAAUUUUAUACUAUUAAUUUCUUUUUAUCCAUAAUGGAUUUACCUGGACCAAUACAUGAGAUUCUUAUGCUAUUUGGGGGAUUUGUUCUUCUACUAGGGGGUCUAGGAGUAGUAUUACUUACCAACCCCAUUUAUUCUGCCUUUUCGCUGGGAUUAGUUCUUGUUUGUAUAUCCUUAUUCUAUUUUUUAUUAAAUUCCUACUUUGUAGCUGUCGCACAACUUCUUAUUUAUGUGGGAGCCAUAAAUGUCUUGAUCAUAUUCGCUGUAAUGUUCGUAAAUGGCUCAGAAUGGUCUAAAGAUAAGAAUUAUUGGACUAUUGGAGAUGGGUUCACUUCACUCGUUUGUAUAACUAUUGUUUUUUCACUAAUGACUACUAUCCCAGAUACGUCGUGGUAUGGAAUUCUUUGGACUACAAGAUCAAACCAAAUAGUAGAACAGGGUCUCAUAAAUAAUGUUCAACAAAUUGGAAUUCAUUUAGCAACCGAUUUUUAUCUUCCGUUUGAACUCAUUUCCAUAAUUCUUCUAGUUUCUUUAAUAGGUGCAAUUACUAUGGCUCGGCAAUAAGAAAACUUAGAAAAAGUACAAAUUAUAAGAAUUGCAAAUCUAAAAUAAAUAACUAAAGAAUCACAAUUUUGAUUUAGUAAAAUCCAUCUACUGCCAACAAAUACCUCCUUUUUUUUUUUUUUUUCUUUUGUUGUGUAAUUGUUCUAUUGUAAUUAAUUGAAUCGGUUCAAUUCUUGCCCUCAUAUUGAAAUGAAUCGAGAUUGAUAAGGAGUUAGUUAAUGAUGUUUGAGCAUGUACUUUUUUUGAGUGUCUAUUUAUUUUCGAUUGGUAUCUAUGGAUUGAUCACAAGCCGAAACAUGGUUAGAGCUCUAAUAUGUCUUGAACUUAUACUGAAUUCAAUUAAUCUAAAUCUCGUAACAUUUUCUGAUCUAUUUGAUAGUCGCCAAUUAAAAGGAGAUAUUUUCGCAAUUUUUGUUAUAGCCCUUGCAGCUGCUGAAGCCGCUAUUGGACUAUCCAUUCUUUCUUCCAUCCAUCGUAAUAGGAAAUCCACUCGUAUCAAUCAAUCUAAUUUAUUGAAUAAUUAGACUUUUGAAUAAUUAGACAUAGAAUCCUCUAAACAAAGGCGCACAUAUUAAAAUAAAUAGAAAUCAAUACUAUUUUCUUAGUAUUAUUUGAGAAUAUCCAUUUUUUUUAGUAGAUUAUUGCAUAGUAUUCUUUUUCACUUAAAUGAAUUUUUGUAUUUGUAAUUCAUUGAUAUUGCAAUUUGAAUAUUGCAAUAAUUUAUAUUGAAAAGACGAUAGCCAAUUUAUUGGCUAAUUCGAAUUCGUCUGUACAAUUCGUAAAAUUCUUUCUUAUUUCUUAUUUAUUGUUGAAAUCCAAAAUUAAA